AUGUUUCCUUUCGACCUUGUCCAGAGACUUUACACUAUUGCUUUUCCUCCGACUGCGUCCAAGAACGAAGAUGCUAUUCGUAUUGGACUGUUGGGGGCUUCCAAGAUCGCGCCGGUCGCGGUGGUGAAUCCCGCAAAGUCCCAUCCAGAUGUCAUCGUGGCUGCGGUAGCCGCUCGUGACUUCGACCGCGCCAAGAAGUAUGCUCAAGAUUAUGGCAUACCUAUUGUGCAUUCUUCUUACCAAGCCAUGCUGGAUGAUCCCUCCAUUGACGCCAUUUACGUGGCGCUUCCCAACGGCCUACACUACGAGUGGACUCUACGAGCGAUUCGUGCCGGAAAGCACGUUCUUCUCGAAAAGCCCUCUUGCUCCAAUGCGAUCGAGGCAAAGAAGUUGUUCACUCAUCCCUUGGUGACCGCCUCGAAUGCACCCGUGCUUCUGGAGGCUUUCCAUUAUCAGUUCCAUCCCGGCUGGCAGACGUUUCUCUCCGAGAUUCGCGCAUCACCCGGCGCUAUCCAGGCUGUUCAUGCGCUGUUCCACGUUCCGCCGGGGAUUAUCAAUCCGGGAGAUAUUCGAUUCCAGUAUUCCCUCGGUGGAGGAUGUAUGAUGGACGUGGGAACGUACCCCUUGUCAAUGGUUCGGCAGAUCGUCGGACGAGACAAGUUCCUUGAACCUGUGGAGGUGAAGUACCGCGUCCAUCAGCCUAGAAAGGACGGCAUCGUCGACGAGCCGCAGAUUGACGAAGCCACUGAAGCCCAGUACCGGGUCUCUGAUGGUGCGAUUGACGUGCGCAUCAGUGGUGAUUUCAUGACCAAGGGGGGACUGUCUUCGAUUCUGCCCGCGUCCUGGUCUCGACGACUACCUUCUCCGCAGUGGCCCAAGGCUACGGUCACGCUGGCGCCAGUGCGUGUGGAUGCAGUAUCUUCUUCUUCUCCGGGGAGCAGUGAACAAUCCACGUCGAGUGGGCACUUUGUGCAACGCACGCUGAUCAUGUGGAAUCCGUUGAUUCCCACCUUCUACCAUCGUAUUGACAUUGUGGAUCAACACACGCUGCGCGAGGGAGAGCGUGUGACUCAAUCGUGGACCGAGACCGAGUACAAGACUGCGUAUAACUGGCCCGUGGGAGAUCCGCGGGCUGCGGUCUACAGAGACUGGUGGACGACGUAUCGCUGUCAGCUGGAAGAAUUUGUCAACCGUAUUAAAGGGCGCCAGGGCUCUGGAGUGUGGGUGGAUGGGGUGGAAAGUGUGGCGCAGAUGGAGACUAUUGAUCGGACUUAUGAGAAAGCUGGACUGCAGCCUCGACCGACAAGCAAUGUGGCGAUAUAG